AUGGACUCUUUCCUGAAGCAGCAGGUGCCAUUGCACAAGGGCAACGACGAGAUUAAGACUUCUUGGCAAACCGCAAGUCACUCUUUCUCUCGUAAAGAGCAAAACGAUACAUCAAUGAAGGUCCGCAAUGAGAUAACGUUGGGGCGGGGGAGGAACGUUCAUGAGGUCAGAGAUGCAAGUCUGCCCCGUCGCCUGCUCUCUUCUCUUGCCUUGCUGGCUUCCGUGAGCAUCUGCUGGUGGCUGGUUCGAACGUCACCGCUCAACUUUCAUUCCAUCUUGGGCGACAUGCAGUUUCGCGAUGGCAACAGUGGCUUCCAGGCCGUCCUGGGAGCCACCCUCGGUGCCUUCAUCGCCGGCCCAGUUGCUGCGGCGUCGGACAGCCCGUACACGCCUUUCGUUCCGAUUGAUCCCCAGGACUGGGUCAAUCCGGACAACAUGACAUGGGGUGACUUCAUUCCACCACCAGGCACGAAUUGGUCGGACCCGGCGCGCAAGGGAUCCAGCCGCAACUUCAACAUCGCCCUGGUCGUCGUCGACUACCCCGAUAGACCGUUCGUCAUCACUCAGCCGGCGCACUCGACCAUCUUCAACAACCCUCAGCCUGCAGGUGCUGACAUCCCCCGGGAGAACGUUCCAACCUUCUACCGCGACCUCCUCAAUACGCCGAAUGAGCUGAAUAAUGGGCACACUCUUCACGAGUACUGGAUGGAGGACUCGGUCGGCCGCUUCGGAGUCGAUCUGACCGCCUUUGGUGCUUACCAGCUCUCUGGCAACGGCUAUCAAUACGGGAUUGAUGGCGGCUUUAACCCAGGUGCCUGUCCCGAGGGAGAGACUUGCGACCUGAACAUUCGCACCGAUGCGCUCGCCGCUUGGCGUGCCGAGGUCGGAAACGCCACUGCCGAUGCCUUUGAGCUGGUCUUCAUCCUCUCUGCCGGUCAAGACGAAUCCUCAACAUGGCAAGAGUUUGGCGAGAUGAAGUUCAAUAGUCCCGAAGACGUACCGGAUGAGUUCGGCCCCCCGAAAAAGGGAAACAGCUCCCAGACCAACUAUGCGCGCACACGUUACGUUCCUUGGACCUCCUGGGCGGCGGCAUCGACACUCUGGCCCAACGCCGGUGGUGGCUCGUCUACUCAAGGCGAGAGCUCUGGCAUGGCUGUCUACGCCCACGAGCUGAGCCACUUGCUCGAUAUCGGCGACAACUACAAUAACCCGUAUGGUCUUCCCCUGCGCAGAGCAUACACCGGGCCGUGGUCCAUGAUGUCGCGCGGCUCUUUCAACGGCCCCGGCGGUCCUCAUACCCGUUGGCAGAUCCCGGCGCUGCAGGGUGCGUCGAUGGGCUCGUUGCAUACUUUGCGCGACAAGUUCCAGCUCGGACUGAUUGACAAGACUGAUAUCCUGUGGCUGUCUCGCGAAGGGCUGGCAACCUCUGGAGUUGCUGUUGCCAACCUGGUUGCUCGGUCUGUCGAUCCGGGCGAUGGAUUGAUGGGUGUCCGCAUUAUCAUGGAUGGCGACCGAUCCCCGGCAUGCAACAUCACGACGGAAGUGCUCUGCGACGGCGGUAGCUGGGAUAACUACGAUAUCGAAGUUGUGGACCGCAUGGGAUCAGACUCUUUCCAGCCGGAUUCCGGUGUCUUGCUCAGCAAGUCCAAGAAUGUCGACAACCAGCCCUUCCAGUGGGUUAUCGACGCAAACCCAGAGGACAUUGAGCUCAUUGACUUUUACCGGCCCAACGGCUCCGUGGCGAUGAUCACCCUCGGCGACUAUCGUCAGCUCGCUGACGCGCUCUUCCACGCAGGCACGAACUCUGGCAGCGAGUUUGAGUUUAUCGAUGUGCCCAACAGUUUGCACUUCUACAUCGUCGACCGUCACCGCGAUGAUGAGGGUAUCCUCUCAUACACUGUCGCUGUCCGCUCUCUGACGGGCGAAGGCGGCGCGAGCAUCCACGACGUCUCGCUGGAAAAUGGCGCCGUGACGGGCGCCAAGAACGGCACGGCUGCUACCCAGGGCGUGACGUGCUCGUUCCAGCUGACCAACAGUGGCACCUACGUCGCCGUCGACCCUGAUGCGGCCCAGCACCCUGAGGAUGUCUCCGCCUUCCUAGGUUCAGACGUCUACAGGCUGAGCGCCGAAGUUGAGGGUACCGGCUGGCGGGUGGAUUUGCCCAAUGCUCUUGUCACGGCCAAGUUCGGCGAGAUUAAGACGGCGUACGUUUCGGUUGGCGCCGCGUCCGAUGCGGCGAGCACGGCGGUGGUGACGCUCAAGGCGACGUCGGAGUCUGAUCCGUCUGUAGCUGCAACGGCGCAGUGCCAAGUGACCAAGUCAUGA